GGAUAUUAGUGGCGCCCAAACUGAGUCUUAGGUUACUAGUGUGAGCGAUGUAAAUAGAAUAGAAUUGUAGAUUGGAAUCCAAAGUAUGAUCACAAUUCAUAAACUCAAACGCUAACUAAAACAGCCUUGAAUCGGUCGCAAUGGAGCAGUUACACUCGUUAUUCGUUUUCCAGUGCAUAUUGAGUCAGAUUGCACCGUAGUCGUUAUUCCUCGUUUCUUCCGCUUUUUCCAACCAUGCCCAUAUUUAGCUUUACAUUAUUUUUUAUAUUGCUUUUUGUACUUUUGUUAAUUCUCGAUAGGUGCACUUAAUCGUAGGGACUUUGGCGGAUACAUAUAUGUAUACCAAGUAUAUAUAUACUUGUCUCAGAUCUUACGUUUUGGAUGACUGACUGUUAAAGAGUAAAAGGCUUUCAUUUGUGAUAGCUUCAAGUCAUUACAGUCAUAUGCAGUAUAUACCAUCACCAUUAGCAUUAAUUUUAGAUUAAAAUGAAUUAAAACUAACUUUACUGGCUUAGUUAAAGUCGUUUUUAAUCUUGAUUUAUGUGUAAUACGGUACUACCAUAGACAGACACCAUCAGCAUAGAGCCUGGGACAUAUAUAUCUUGGCUAAAGUCAUACUACAUUAGCACGGCGUGAUGGGAGUAACUGAGAUCGGAAUAGUGUAGUAGCAAUUAUAAAAAGACUACAAAGUGUAUUUUCAAAUUUUUUUAGGAGCUCAUGUCUUUUCAUUUGAUCACCUGAACAUAGCCUGGUUCUGUAUUACAUAUUAGUAGGCUUUAAAUUGUCUAUUGUUUGCCAAAGGUGUUAUUUUCUCUGCCCAAAAAGUAACUAGACGUCUUAAGAGCCACCCAUUCAAGUGUUUUAUUCUGUCAGAGUUUAUCCCAUUUUAUCACACGACUAGUGAGUAUUACUCAGUUAUAUCGAGCUGCAAACUCUAUGCAGUAUCAGCGAUAUAUACAUACAGAUUUUUAAGCAAUAAGUCUGCUGCUCAUAUUUCGAAUGACACCUGCCAGUUUUUCAAUUUGUGUGCUUAAUGAGAAAUGUGUACUCUUGUGUAAUUUCAUCUGUUUUUAGUAUCCAGAAGUACUUCAUUUUUACUAUCACAUUUCUAUCUCCAAGUUAUGUUUAGGUUCAAUCGAAAUGAAAAUGGAUUGCCCAACCUACAUUGUGUGCAACCAUCAAAGGUAUUGGUUACAAGAUGGUCUUGGCAAGCAGUUCCCAUGUGGGCUAACUUCCCUGUGCAACAUGACGGUCAAACAAUAUACCGACUUUCUUAAUUCAGUGUAUCAACUAAAACUCAUCAUUUAAAUUACAUUCCAGCAGUAAUCUCAUGGGGAAUAAGAGCAAAGUAGAAUCACUUACUGUUUGUGAUAUUACAGAUGCUUCGAUUUCGAAACAAAAUUCUUUCGAUGAACCAUCCAGUUCCUUUGUUACUCCACAUUCAAGUGCUCCUCGAUUGUCUACUGUUGUUCAGCCUGAGGAUGAAAUAAGACUAGUUGAGUUUCUUAAAGUUCAUGGAUUUCGGUGGUAUCAAGUUGUGAUAUUUCUCAUUUCUAUAAUCAGUUACCUCGCAGACAUUGCAUCCGAUGCAUACUUGGUUUAUACGUAUUAUAUUCAGGAAGAUUACUACUGGUCUAGUUUAACAAUGAUUUUCAUGGUUGUUCCCGCUCUCUUGAUGUCCAGUUUCAGUCUUGCGUGGUAUUUCAUUGACUAUAAAGUUCGAGUUGAUCCUCCGCGCAGCUAUCGAGCAUGGACGUUUAGACUGUUGUUUCAUGGACUCCAGUUGGCCCCACUAGUGAGGGCAGCUGAUGCUAUCUACUACGGUAUAGCAAGUCGACAACCCGGGUUAAGUCUUCGUGUAGCUGCACAAUAUACGCAGUUAAUGCUUUAUGAAGAUGCUGAUUGUGCUAUGCUUCGUUUGAUUGAAUGUUUCACUGAAUCCGCUCCACAACUUCUGUUACAGUUGUACAUUAUUUUAACGCAACCAUAUCCUGCACCUAAAUUUCAAAUGACUGCACAAUUUGUUUCAUGUGUGUUUUCAUGGCUUUCAUUGGCGUGGUCGUUAACCUACUACCAAACUGCUCUACGUAGUUCACGUAUUGAAAAAGGAAAUAUCCAGACCUUAGGUAUUAUAUUCUUCUUUUUCUGGAAGGCUGGAGUGCUAGCAUCACGAUUACUGGCUCUAGGUAUACUUGCCUCUGUUGUCAAGGGAUUUUGGUUUGUAGUAGCGCUCGGUAUUCAUUGGUUGUUGGCUUCUGGUUGGUUAAUCACUCGCGGGACGACGUUUUGUUCAUCUAAUUCACGAGCGUUAGGAGAACUAACCUUUGACUUUGUAUUAGGUGCAGUUUAUUGUUUUGAUGUGGUCAAUAUUCGUGAAGGACGAAGUCGAAUGUGGUAUGGAUCAUGUUACUUAAUAUUUGGCAUUGAAAACUCGGUAUGUGCGUCAUUAUGGUGGGUAACACAUUCAUUUAUUAAUGCAAGUCUUCCAAAAAGUGUGUUCAAAAAUCAACCAUCCACGUGGAACACCGUUUUACCUCCAUACACUCUUCUUAUUAUUGUGAUAUGCAGUUUUUGUAUGGGCAUAGUAAUGAUGAUCGUUUAUUACAUUACGUUUCAUCCAUCGGGAAAGAUUGAAUUAUGCAUUCCGUGUGAUGAAUUGAUAAUAACUUCAGGACUGCAAGAUUCAUUAACCGUCGAUCCAAAUAUUCAACUGUCAGAGAAAACUAUCCAGUUAUCAGUGUAAGUUGAAUCAGUAGAAAUAAAAUUCCAACAUUUAAAAUUUGUUUUUGCUGUCAAACUAAGAUUUUUCAAAUCGGAGUUUAUCUGACCGUAUAUUCAGCACACAGAAAAAUUAGUCCCAUCCCUUCCAGAUUGCUAUACUGGGGGAGAAUAAAAAAUAUGUACUCAAGAUAAUUUGCUUAUUUAUUUUAUAUGUAACCCAUAGAAUUUUCUUCAGUUAACAUAUGCUGGGAGAUACCGAAGAAAUGGCGUUAAUAUACGAUCUAAAAACGUAGCUGCACAGAAGGAAUAAGUUUAUACACCAUUUCAUCUUUCACGAUUAUUCAGAAUGACCUGAUCAUCCGAUUCUAUUUAUAAUGCACCAUAUUCCUGCUGGUCUACGCCGUUUUUCUGGUAUGAUAUUCUUGUCAUCACUAUUCACUGUGGCUUCAAUGAAUGUAAGCGUAUUUAGAUACAAACACAAAAUCUUGAGGAAAUUCACUUUCUUUAAAAUAAACAACGAUCUUGCUAUUUUUUAAUUGCUUUACGAAAAUUCAUUAGGAAAUCAUAAAACGGACAGUUUAACAAUUUGCAAGAACCAUUAACAUUCAUCUCAACACACAACAAUCACUUCCGUCUGCUGGCGAAAAAAUGAAGUCAAAGAAUUAAAACAGGCUUGAUGCCAUCAAUAGAUUGGCAACGAAAAUUUUUAUAUAAUAGAAAUAUUAGUUUGUAUGUAUAACAAAACAGUUGUUCAUCAAUUCGAGUUUUUUUUAAAAAUGAAAAUCAAUAAAGUAUGUCAG